GCAGACGCAGACGCAGACGCAGACGCAGACGCAGGCGCAGGUCACCGGAGCUCGAAUUUGGCUAAGAGUAAUUGAUUCGAUCCAGUUCAAUUCAAUUCGAUUUACCUGCUGCACUGACCCGAACGGCCGCUACGCUACGCUACCUCCGCUCUAGCAGUGGCUCUCUCACUGGACCUAGGACCUAGACCUGGACCUGGACCUGGAUCCAAUCCAACUUAAUCUCCCUACAUACACGCAAUCGCGGUUUGAUUACCCUUUGUACCAUUUUGACGACUGGGAGGGAAUAUUAGGAAAGUCGGCGUUUUUCAGCGCCCGGCAACCCAUCUCAACCGCCCAUCAUGUCCUCGGCCGACAAGACUAGACAGUCGUCUGGCGGCAAGGGAGGCGGUUUCUUCUCGAGGAGCAAGCACAAGAGCAGCGCAAGCGACAGACGCGACGAAAAUGACGCCGUCUCCGUCCACUCCAUCCCCCGAUCGACUCGACACGAGAGAGGGACCUCGAUCAUAUCCGUCGACCGUCCUGUCACCCCCGAGUCGGGCGUGAAUCACAUGGCCGGUCCCAUCACUGCCAUACCCUACGACACCACCAAUGCAGACCGACGCAGUCCUAUAGCCAUGGAUUACUUACCCCGACCCAACCAGGCCCCCGUGCGAAGAGAUCCUUUACCACAUCAGCUCAACAAUAAGUCCACCAGUGAUUUUCACCAAUAUCCUACAAUAGAAGCUAACACCCACUCACAUAUGUCUUCUGGUUCUCAUCUAUUAGGCCCAAAACCCCCGGUACACGCCUCCAACAUAACAAUGGCCUCCACCGGCCAGCGCAAUACUCAGUUCCAACAAUGGGGGCCCGGCGGCGCUCCUCAGAUGCCUAGAGGCAGCACAGCCAGUCAAUUUAGCAACAUAGAUCGCGGCAUCGGCUAUAAUGCUAGAGUUGAUUCUUUAGCAUACUCCAACUACUCGGCUGGGAGGGUAUCCAGGGAGAGCGAUCAGUCCAGCAUAUUUUCAGGUAAUGGAGGACCCCCAGAUUCUGCAACAACACCGCGCUCAUCCAGACUAUUACCAGCCCUGCCCAGCGCCACCUCUCAGAGCUCCUUCAACUCCCAGUUUUCCGGCCGAGACUCGCAACGAUUAACCAGGUUCCCAGGCGGCCCCUAUUCGCCCAGCGCAGUGAGCGGCAAUGGUGGCGGCGGAGGGGGGGGUGCAGGUGGACCUGACGGGGCGAAUCUCACGAGGCCGACCGACGACACGGUAACCGAGCAGAUGUUCUACGAACUUAUGCAAAAGCGAGGAUGGCACAACCUGCCCGAACAAGCGAAGCGCCAGAUGGUCGCAUAUCCGACCUCGAAAAAAUGGACUCUCAUUUACCAGGACCGAUUAACCGAAUGGCAGGGAGAACAGAAGAGAAGACAGACCGCCAAGGCAAACCAGUACUCACAAAUCGAUCUCGGCGUCGUUUCCUCCUCGGAUGAAGAAGGAUCCCCUGAGUGGUAUGUGCGCAAAGUCAUGGACAACACCCUCGACACAAAGGGCUUGGGAAGUUUGGAGGUCAACCUCCGGACGCAACAAAUUGGUUGGGUGAAGCGGUUCAUCGAAUGCCAGGGUCAGAUAGCGCUUACGACUUUGCUUUUGAAAAUCAACCGCAAGACCGCCGUGGGCCCAGCCGCGCCGACCGACUCAAAGGCCAGUGAGAAAAAUCUCGAUAAAGAGUAUGACAUCGUCAAGUGUUUGAAGGCAUUGCUCAACAACAAAUACGGCGCUGACGAUGCGCUUGCUCACCAGCAAGUCGUGGUGGCCUUGGCAACAUCACUCAUUUCACCCCGCCUGACUACGAGGAAACUCGUUAGUGAUGUCCUGACCUUUUUGUGCCACUGGGAAGCCGGGGAUGGCCAUAUCAAGGUCAUUGAGGCUAUGGAUGUGGUCAAGUCCCAGCAAAACGAAAAUGGACGUUUUGACGCUUGGAUGCGACUCGUCGAAGUCACUGUCGAUGGACGAGGAAAGAUGGGCAGUCUUGUCGGAGCCAGCGAGGAAGUGCGUAGCGGUGGUAUCGGCAUGGAAAACCUACUCAUGGAGUAUGCUGUUGCGACUCUCAUCCUCAUCAACAUGAUUGUCGAUGCGCCCGAGGGCGAUCUCCAGCUGCGGAUGCACCUUCGUGCACAGUUCGGUGCUUGUGGGAUCAAGCGGGUCCUCACCAAGAUGGAGGCAUUCCAGUAUGACCUGAUAGACAAGCAAGUCGAGCGGUACCGGACCAACGAAGCUAUUGACUAUGAGGAUAUGCUUGAGCGCGAGGGCAGUAGCAUGAAAGACAGCAUCGAGGGCGAGGUCAAGGAUCUGAAUGACCCAGUACAAAUCGUCGAUGCUAUACAGCAACGUAUUAUGGGAACCAAAACCCAGGACUAUUUUGUCUCGGCAUUGCAGCAUCUACUGCUAAUUCGCGAAAAUGACGGGGAAGAGAGAUUGCGUAUGUUUCAACUCGUGGACUCGAUGCUUAGCUAUGUGGCCAUGGAUAGGAGGCUACCAAAUAUGGAUCUCAAACAAAGCCUGAACUUCACUGUCCAGAGCUUGUUGGACAAGCUGCACACUGACUCCGAAGCCCGGCAAGCCCUCGAUGAAGCAUUGGAGAGCCGGCAAAUCGCCGACGCCGCCAUGGCAGAGCGAGACGAGGUGAAGGCCAAGUUGGAGCUAGGCGCCGAUGGUCUGGUUGCGCAAUUGCAAAAGCAAUUGGACGAGCAAGCUAGGUUCAUCGAAGCGCAGAAACGACAAGCCGAUGGACUCAAAGCUGAGCUCGAGAAUCUGCAGGCCAUACGAGCCAAGGAGGCUCAGCGCUAUGAGCUUGAGACCAGAGAGCUAUAUCUCAUGCUUAGGGACGCACAGGAUGUCGCUGCAUCACAAGCUGUCAAAGGCGGGGCCGAAAACAAGAUUGGGGUGCCUGCUGCGGAGGAGGACCCAGUUCGUAUGCAAGGAAUUCUGGACCGACAGAGGCUCAUGGAACGUUUGCAAAUGCAAAUUGAGCGUCAGAAGACGCAGUAUAAGCUCGAAGGUAGGGUAUGGGGUGACACUGUUGGCCCAUCCGACCGCUUACGUGCUCUGCGUGAAGAGAUGGAUGGCUUUGCCUCGGACGGCUUCUCUCCUGACGGCUUCGCUGCACCAGAGGGAGCCGGGAUGCCACCAGAAGGUUUUUACAAUAGCGUUCUCGGUGCCGUCAACCGGCAAACCAGCCGCCAGACCAGGAUACCAAGGAAGCCCAUCAACCCUCAGGGCGAGGCUUUUGCUGAAGACGAAGGAGAUGAAGACGACAUUGUCUUUGAGAAGCCCAGGGUUGUCGAAAUUAGGAGACCCGUCAUGGACCCUAGACAAGCCAGUAAUCUCAUGUCUGAGAUUCGGGCCAAAAGCAAGAAGGAGGAUGCUAGUGAUUCUGAAGACGGAGAUGAGGUCACCACCGGUCCAUCCCAUCCCAGCUUGGAAUCACAGUCGCCAAUUACGCCAAGCGAUCCUGACACGUCAAAGAUUCAGGUAACUGGUACAGGUGGUCCACCACCACCUCCACCGCCUCCACCACCACCAAUGCCAGGUGCUAUUCCCGGCGCACCCCCGCCGCCUCCCCCGAUGCCCGGCUCUAUCCCGGGUGGCCCCCCUCCACCUCCACCACCACCGCCGCCGCCGCCGCCGCCUCCUAUGCCAGGUCAAAUGCCGGGCGGUCCCCCUCCUCCUCCACCUCCGCCACCGAUGCCGGGUGGUAUGCCUGGCGCUCCUCCACCGCCUCCGCCAAUGCCCGGUGCCAUGUCCGGACAUUUCCUUUCUGCGCAAAACAACUUUGCCUCUCCUGCGACUAUGGGUCUACCCAUUGUCAGACCGAAAAAGAAGCUCAAGGCACUUCAUUGGGAGAAGGUUGAUGUGCCGGAAGCCAGUCACUGGGCUGCUCAUGCUCCUACUGCAGAGGAGAGAGAAGAGAAGUAUAUCGAGCUCAGCAAAAAGGGUAUUCUUGAUGAGGUCGAAAAGCUAUUCAUGGCCAAGGAGAUCAGACAGAUCGGUGCGGGAGGCCACAAAAAGAAUGACAAGAAGCAGAUCAUCAACGGAGAUCUACGGAAAGCUUACGCUAUCGCUCUUUCGAAAUUCUCCCAAUUUUCUGUGGAGAAGAUUGUACAGAUGAUCAUCCACUGCGAUAAGGAUGUGCUUGACAAUCCUGUGGUCAUGGAUUUCCUCCAAAAGGAUGACCUGUGCAACAUUCCAGAUAGUACAUCGAAACAGCUAGCGCCUUACAGCAAGGACUGGACUGGACCCAACGCUAAUAAAGAAGAUCGUGAGCAGGAUCCAUCCGAACUUACUAGAGAGGAUCAAAUCUAUCUCCAGACGGCCUUCGAAUUACACCACUACUGGAAGAGCAGAAUGCGUGCUCUUGCGUUGACGAGAAGCUUUGAGAUUGACUACGAGGAGAUCAACGACAAAAUUCGACAGGUCGUCGAGGUCUCCGAGUCCCUUCGAGACUCCGUGUCGCUGAUGAACGUCCUCGGCCUUAUCUUGGAUAUCGGUAACUACAUGAACGACGCUAACAAGCAAGCACGUGGUUUCAAGCUCAGCUCACUGGCCCGUCUCGGCAUGGUCAAGGAUGACAAAAACGAGUCUACUCUUGCUGAUCUUGUCGAACGUAUUGUCCGCAACCAAUACCCCGAAUGGGAGGGCUUCACCUUGGACAUUCAGGCUGUCGUUGCGGUGCAGAAGAUUAAUGUCGAACAACUUCAGGCUGAUGCCAAAAAGUAUAUCGACAACAUUAAGAACGUCCAGAUGUCGCUAGACAGUGGCAACCUGUCCGACCCUAAGAAGUUCCAUCCACAAGACCGUGUCAGCCAGAUCGUUCAGCGCAUUAUGAAGGAAUCCCGGCGCAAGGCCGAGCAGAUGAGCUUGUACCUUGAGGAGAUGGUCAAGACAUACAACGAUAUCAUGGUCUUUUACGGUGAAGACCCGGCCGAUGAAGGUGCUCGUCGUGACUUUUUCGCCAAACUGGCUCUGUUCCUUAACGACUGGAAGAGGUCUCGGGAGAAGAACGUCAAUCUCGAAGAUACGAGGCGCAGGAACGAAGCCAGCAUGAAGCGCAAAAAUGCACAAUUGAAGAUCAACGCCAUGAACGCCGAAGGUAUUGCAGCUUCACCAGCAAGCCCAGCUAGCGCUGGUGCAAUGGAUAGUUUGCUUGAGAAACUUCGCGCUGCCGCUCCACAAGCAAGAGAUCAACGCGAUCGCAGGCGAAGAGCACGUCUCAAGGACCGACAUCAAGUACGCAUUGCCAGUGGGCAAGAUGUCCCAGACAUCAACGAAAUUCCAGACAUUGAACCUGAGUUGCGGUCGGACGGUACUAGUGUCGCGGAUACAAAUGAAGUACCCACUAGUCCUGGGCUUCUUUCUCCAACUUCUGCUGAGAGUGUUACUGGAGAGGAUAGCCUUGCUUCAAGGGCUGAGAUGUUGCUGCGUGAUAUGCGUGGCGGUGGCGAUGGGGCCGCCGAAGAAGGGGGUGAUACCAGACGCAGCAUGCGUCGCAAUGCUGCAGAAGAAAGGCAGGCAAGACGCAGAAGGCUGAAGAGUGGAAGCACGGCUAGUGCAGGCGACGCCUCUGCUGCUGAAAGUGAACCGAUCAAGAGUCCUACAACUGACGAAACGCCGCCUGUGCCUACUGUUGCUGUAACAGGGGCUGACGACGACUGAAGGAUUAUAGAUGAAGAAAGGAUGUUGAAGAAUACGUAAUGUUUACAAUACUCGGAGGAGGAGCAAGAGCAUAACAAGCGCUGCGCCGCAAACAUUUUAUAACGGAGAAGGUUAGCGCCGCACAUCGUAUUUAUCACUACAAGUGAUACGCAUAUAAUUUAUGCAGGCUCUGUCGAUACCCAUAGCAUAUGCUGGCGCACGUCCUUCUAACCAUUUGCGGGCGACUCUCUUUGGACCGUCUCACCCCAAGCGAGUUGUCGAUACCAGAGGAGCUAGCCAAUCACAGCUGGGAAGGAUAUCCUGGUACCGGGGG